AUGUCUGAACCCACCGAAAAUACUAUUUUGCAUGACGCCCAUCUGGAUGUAGAAUCGGUGUCCACAACGGCAUCGCUUUCCGAUAAAAAGGGCUUGGAGAUCAAUGUUCCUCCAGCUGACGACACAUCAGAUCAGAAAGCAAAAAAAGUGUUGAGCCCCAAAAUGAACAAACUAAAACACAUGUUUGAAUCCCCUGUUUUGGAGCAGAAAGACAGUAGUUUGCGAAAAAAAUCGAAUCUUGGGAGUCCGUUGUUGGAUAACAAAUCAGUUCAGGAAAAUGAUAAUUCGAAUCAAGUGUCAAGUCCCAAGCCAGGCAGCGAUGAUGUCUCUGUGGUGAGAGCAAGUAUCACAUCUAACAGCCACAUGGAAACAGAGGAAGGCAUUACCUUUGAAACACAGCACUUUGAUGAGCUCGAAGAUUUCAGUGAUGAUGAUGAUGAUGAUGAUGAUGAUGAUGAUGAUGAUGAUGAUGACUUUGUGUUUGAGGAUUCCCGUCUGCAACAGCCAAUUGCCUCAAUUGACGCAAAAGAAAUAGACAAAAAUGAUCAUAACAAUCAUGAGGAUAAAAAUAUACUCUCAGAUACUGAAGGUAGUGAUAUUAAUAAUAUUAAAGGCACCGAAAAAGUUGAAAGAAAAGCAGAUCAUAAUGUUGAAGAGAGUGAAGUUGAACUGCAUGACAUUGAAGAUAGUGAUGACGAUGACGAUGUUGAUUUUGUAUUUGAAGAAGCUAGAGCUCCUUCUAAAAGUCAAUCCAAUACUCACGUAAUUGAUACAGAAUCCAAUCAUGAGAAUGAAAAAGACAAAGUAAUUAUUUUGAAGGAAGAUUCCAAUACACUGAAAGCAGAACAUCUCCCAGCAAACCAUGGGAUGCUAGUCAUGGAAAAAGAUGCCAAAAAACUUCAUAUCAACCCUGCAAUCGAUAGAGCUCAAAAUCUUAGUGACAUUGAUCCGUAUAAUACUGCGCUAAGCUCUGCUAUAGAUGAUUCAGGGUCCUUUUUAUCCCCUGGAGUGGAAUCCGAUUUUGAAUUUUCUGUGACUGGAAAUCUCAAUGAACAACUUACUUCAAACCAUAACCAUGAUGACCACCGUAUUUCCAAAUCAAAGGAGCUUGAGAUCGGCGAGGGAUCAGACGUCGAUGUUUCACAUGCCUUGCAAAAAGACUUGAAGUUGGACUCACAAAAAGAUGAACCACCAAAUGAGCAUAUAGGAUCUGUUGAAUCUGAUAACCCAGACUUCGUUUCUGCUUUUGACAGAAAGGUAUUGCUGGAGGAAAUCACAUUGCCACCAAACCAGACUGAAAAACACUCAACAGAUGCCUUCAAAGCUGGCUCUGGAAACAAUUCUUUUGAUGACGUUAGUUCAGAUGAUUACACAGGAGGAGGCAAAGCUGCAAAAGGUAAGCAGGAAGACUUUUUGAGCGUUCAAGAUACUAAAGGAAAUGAUGGCUCAAUUUUCGAAUCCCCAAUUAUAAGCGAAGCUACAGUUGAGCCGGAGAAUAAUGUCUGGAGUUCCGAAGAAAGCCGUGAAAAAGAUCUCAGCACCGGAGAAGAUAGACUGGAUUUAAAAGAGGAGAUUGAGCAAAAGAGAAGCCAGAUUUCUCAAGUUGGCCAAGAGUUGAAAGAUGAUGAAUAUGAAAAAAGCCCAACAACAACAUCUGACUUUGCAGUGGAAGAGUCUGAAUCUAUAGCCUCACCAAUAGGUUCAAGCUUUGCAGAAGUUAAUCCAUUUGCAGUUGAUGUUACAGCAACUCCUGCCAGUGAAGCUUCUGUUGAUAUCAUGCAAGAUCUGGAGGUAGUGUCCAAAAUCGAUGACUCACCUUCAGAAAUUGGAAACUUCAAGCUUCGGCCAAUAAGCAGUUCUAGAAGAGUUAGUAAUGAUGCUAGUAGAGAGGUGGUUUCUCCUAAAUUCAAGCCCUUCGUGAAAUCUUCACCAAUAAUUCCUAUAUUCUCACCUAAAGCGUCAAAGCAAAGAAUUGUCAGCGGCUCUAGAAGACGGUCGCCGAUAUUCGAUAAAAGUCCACUAUUUGAAAAAUCACCAACAUUUUCUGGAGUUUCUUCACCUGCUCUGGAAAUGGAUAGACGUUUUACUACUGUAUCCCCAAAUACCAACCCAUAUGCCAAUAAAAUUUCUCCAUUCAUGGGAGUCCCUAAAGUACUCGAUAGCUCGCCAAAAGUGAUAAGGAACCAAGUGCUACACUCACCAUCUCCAUCAACUCUUGAUGCUCCGAUGUCACCAAACACCAGAGAGCGUGUAACUGGUGAAAUCAAAGAAAUGUAUAGCAAAAGGGGAUCGAAGCCCAUUAUAUCCUCUGACUUACCAUUGCCCCUUCCUUCUUUGAAUAAGCGGAAGUUCCCAAAAACUCCGAAAAUGGAUCCGAUGAAUAGUAUCGUAUUUGCGGUCUGCUUAUGUGAUUUCAAUCAUAUUAGAGGUCCUGAAAUUGAAUAUUGGAUCGAUGAGAAUGGUGAAAUUGAUAUUAAUGAAUCUCCAGAAUCCAUUAGUUUGAUGAGCUCCAAGUGGCCGGUAUUACCAUUCCAAGCUUUACCAGAUGGCUCUCAUGACUUCGAAGAAACUUUUUCGUAUUUCAAUGUUUUGUACGAUGAGAGUAACGGAAUGACAUUAAACAAUCUCUGUGAUGUUGGAAAAUAUGAGAAUCUAAAGGACUACGAUGCUUUGAAUGGAAACAUCGAUGUUUCCAGUCUAGAUAAUAAAUUGAAAAACGAUACAUUAGAAGAUGAAGUUGAAAAAGAUUUGGUUAAAUUUAAUGAGAAUGUGACUACAUUAUGGGCAAUUUCUUGCGUCAGACAGAUAUCUACCGAUGAGUUAACUGUUAAGAGUCCAGGCAUAACCAGAACUUCGGUGCAAAAAUCAAUUGUCAUAUUAUGUCGUCAACCAAUUUUUGGUCAAUUGAAAGAAAAGUUAAGUAUCAUCACGAAAUCGUUUUUCUUGCAAAAGGAUUUUACCGAUAAGUCACUCUUGAAAAUCUUAUUUGACAACUUGUGCAAUUUGUAUUCUCCUGAUCCAAAAUUGGUAGAACAACAAAGAAGUGAAGUGUUGAAGGUUUCUCCAAAUAAUGUCAAUGAAGGCAUCACUAGUGUGUUGAAAGAAAAUGACUUCUAUGUCGGGUUAUCAUUAAAGGAGCUUAUUCAUUUCCUUAAAAGAAAUGUUUUGACUAUUUUCAAGGCAAUAUUGUUGGAGAAGAAGGUGUUAUUUUUCAGUAAAAACAUUGAAAAAUUAUGUAACGCUCAACUUGCUUUAAUUUCGUUAAUUCCUAAUUUGAUUUCGAAUUUGAAUGACUGUGGCUCCCCAUAUUUGAAUUUCCUUGAGCUUAAUUCUUCCAAGUCUUUGAAUUUGAAGACUUCAAACCGGUACUCAUUAUUGAAAUUUUUGGGGUUGCCAUUACAACCGUUUGGAUUAAAUGGUGUUUUCAACCCUUAUACCCCUUUACAACAACUCAGCGAUAUCACCUCUAAUGAUAAGAUUACUCAUUAUGUUAUGGGCUCAUCAAAUGACCUCUUAUUAGGUCAAAAGGAGAAAUACUGUGAUGUGAUGGUUAAUUUGGAUGAUUUUUCUGUACAGGUGGUCAACAAACAAUUGAAUCCAGCUCUUUCAUUAACAUCUUGCGAUAGAAGAUUUAUUGAUUUCGUGACCAAAAAUGUUGAUGAAUUUUAUUACAAUAGCGCGGAUAAGAAUAACGACGAGAAUUUUAUUGAAGAGGAAACCAGUUUCAAUGGUUCAGAGGAUUAUAUCAGACUUUUCUUUGAGGAUUAUUUAUUGGGCCUCUUAUCAUCAGUGAAAUAUGAUAAAUUUUUGAAUAAAUUGGGAUACAAGACUACUUUCGUGGACCAAACUACUUCUCCACAAAGAAACCCAGUGGUUAAUCAGUCCAUGCUCGUAUCAGGAGUUGAUAUAAAUAAUAUUGAUAACUUCAAUCUUCAUUUUAUGAAAACUUGGAUGUCCACUGAUAAUUAUAAAGCCUUUGAUAGACUAACUGACAACGAAAUUUUCUACAUUUUCGAUCCAUUACAUGUUGCAAUGACAGACAAUUUCAACCAAAAGCAAGAGGAAUUUGAUAGAAAUUACAAUCGGAACCAACUUAUUGAUGGGUUAAACUUCUUAAGAGCUAAUGUCCAGAAUAGAUUACUGAACAACCCAUUGUUAUACCGAAAUUCAAAUAGUUAUCAGCAUUCUGAUGUGAACAGUUUGUCCACAUCAACGCAAAAUUCACACGAUAACGGUUCAGUGCGCAGCUCUAGUCUGGGGGUUGAUAAACAUUCUAGCAAAGAGGGUUUGAAGUACUCGACAUUAGAAUCUGGUUCUUUCUCUUUAGAUGAUUUGACGAUAUUGAACUCAAUUAAUGACGAAAUUGAGAUGAACAAUCCAAUUAAGGUGUCACAGAAAAAUAAUCAAGAAAAUCAAAGUCAGAAGGGUACUUGGAUGUCUUCAUGGAGUUCUUGGGUCAGAAAAUGA